UUACCAUAUUUCAUCAAAAUUACAAUCAUGGCGAAACCUUUGCAAAAGGAACGUGAGAACCGGUCGGCGGACAAGAAAGAUCUGACCUUCCAUCCGUUUACAAUCACUCCUGAAACUGCUCAUACUUCCGUAUUACUACUGGAAUCCAAGGAGCCGGAGAUAUUAUGUCAGACCCUCAGAGCGAUUACGAAGUUUAAUGGGCAAGAUAUGCAGAACAGAUACAUCCUCUUUAAUCUAGAUGCCAUCAAGUAUGUACUUCCACACAUUGACCAUCCAGAGAUGAACAUCAGGCGUUUUGCUCUGAAGGCUCUAGGUCAACUCUGUCAGUUGCCAAGAGGUCCAGAACAGGUUCUGGAGAACUCUCAAAAUCUGAGGAAAGUCGCGUUUUCGCUUGCUAAGUGUGAAGACGUAUUCGUUCUGGAAUUCGCGUCGUUGGUGCUAUCGGAGCUGACCAAGGAACCAGAAGGUUGCGAGCAGAUGAUAUCCGCCAAUAUUCUCGGCGUCCUUUGCAACAGGAUGAAGAACAGCCAAGAUCCUGACGUCCAGAAGAAUUGCUUGCAGACUCUUAGCAACGUCCUAGAUGACCCGGUGUGUGCCGCGGAAGUGACCAAGAACCCGCAGUUCAGCUGGCCUGCGCUCCUGGCGCUGAUGCAAAGCAAGUACCUGGCCAUACAGCAUGUGGCGCUCAAGACGGUUGAUCAGAUGGUCUCACGGUAUAACGACGUCAACAUACAACGCAGCUUCAAAGCUUCGACUGGCGUGCUGGAUUUGUGUGAUAUUCUAGAGUCGUAUGAGUUCCGUGACGUCCACACGCUAGUUUUGGGCGUGUUGAAGACGUAUGUGGAGACGGAAGAGAACGCAUCACAUCUAUACCAGGCCGGGUGCAUCACCCGACUGCUCGCGUAUCUCGAGAUGGCUCUGCCGGCGAUGAAGCCGCACUGCAUCGCCGUGCUUACCAAGAUGUCCUUCACCGCUAACGGGAGGAAUGCACUAUACGAGACAGGAACGGACUUGGUGUUCUGCCACCAACUCAUAAACGGUGCCGGAGAGUUGCUGGCCGACGCGGCCAUGGGCGUCGCCAACAUGACGAAGAUGAUGGUGUCUGCAGUGCGAAUGGCUGAGACCAACAUCGUCGAGGCUCUUGGUGGUAUUCUUGGUGACGACACGGCGCCGUGGUUCGAUGUCCGUAUGAACAGUUUGCUGGCGUUAGCUGAACUCUGUCGACUCAUUGCGAAAGCCGCUUUCGCCACCAUCGAGCCCAAGACGUUUACUGCCUUGAGGAACGUUAAUAGGAAACCUAAAGAUAGUCCCAUAGAAGCCCAGAGACUAGCAGUGCAAUGUUACAUCAACCUGCUGAACUAUCAACCGUGUGUGAAGAUCAUGCUCAAUAAUGAUUUUAUACAGGAAUUGCUAAAUAUACUGCAGCGUCCAGACGUUGCAUUGAAGACACUGACCUGCACAGUUCUGACUGGGCUGAUGGCUGAAGACGUUGCCAAGUUCCUCUUCACGUCUCGUAAAGGAGAAGAGGUGAUAGCCAGCAACCUGAACAUCGAGCACGUGGGUCUUCGCACGGCGCUGUGUCUACUCAUCGCUGCCAGUGUCACCGACGAUAGUGCUGACAUCUACCUCGACCUUGGGACUAUACACUACAUGGUUGAGAACAAGCAAGCGAGGUACGUGGUGAGCGCGUGGGAGCCUGCCCUGGAGGCCAUCUUCGCCCACCACCCUUCGGCUAAACUCGCCUACACCGGCUGUUUGCAGUUCAACGAUUUUACUUCGGAAGGUUUCUACGUGAUGAAGCGUAUGGGUGAGUCCCUGACGACGAUGCAGGAUCUGAUGAAGAGCGCGCCACCACACCGGCUGCCCGUCUUACUGUGCAUGUUCUAUUCAUCGCCCUUCGACCCCGCCUCCGCCAUGGACAUAAGGACGCCCUUUGGCACAUCGAAAUCGAACCUGGCGAUGUCACCGUCCAGCAGGAUUCGCUUCCCCCACGUGCCUGAUGAUGUCAAUCUGCGUGACUACCUCGUCAAACUGCGGAUUUGGUUCGGCGAUCCAGCCAAAUCUUUACAUUACUUUGAAAUUGAAGACGCUCAUUAUGAAGUGAGAUAUCGUCAAAAAUGCACUGAGGUCUCAUCGACGUUGAAGCAGCGCGCACAACUGUUGGCAGAAUUCGUGUCAGUUCAGAUGAGCGGCAUGAACCAGGAGCGAGACUGUUCACUGCCCAGGGUGGAACUACAUCUUGCUGAUUUGAUGCUAGAGCUGAACUCCCGCGUGAUCGGUCUUGGCUGGGUGAAGUGCGGCGGGGCGCUAGAACGAGCGGUGCUGUACAAAGUGUUGGCUGACAGACUGGGCAUCCCGUGCUCGCUCCACCGCGCCACCAGCGCGCAUGCGUGGUGCGAGGUCGCCGUGCCCGAGCUCGAUCCGAUGGACGAAGAAGACACGAUUGAGAAGUACCCAGCGGGGCUCCUUCGCGCCAACUACGUAGUGGACCUGAUUGACGCCCCGGGACGACUCAUGCCGAAGGGCAGUUACGAAACGAGGCGCAUCUGCGGGCCCUCGUGCCUCCCCAAAUAUGUCGCGCGGAAUCCCCCGGCUAUAUGCAAGUGUGAGAAGAGUCCUACGUGUAGUGGGUAGACUCAAAUGUAAAGUUUUGGAGUUUUUGGAGUCAUGCCUAUUUUAAAUUAUUUUUUAAAGAUUUUAUCACUUUAGC